AUGAGAUCCAUUGAGAUGAGUUUCAAUUCCAAGUAUGGUUACGAUUGGGUAUUUAGCUAUUUUGAUGUGGAAUCUGGGGGAUUUCCAGAAGAGUUGAGAAGACGGUUGGAACAUAUGGUGACAGGAAACGUGAUUAUAGAGGAGAUUAAGCGUGACAAUCCUUAUUUUAAUAUACCCGAAUCAAUAGAUAGACAUUACUUGAAAUGGAAGGGAAUGUCUGGAAGUCGGUACGGCCUAGUGCCGAACCAUAAGUACUUGGAUUUCAAGUUAAAGAAUCGAUUUCAUUCAUAUGGGUUUCAAUUUCUUCCCACCUUGUCACGAUAUCGAUAUGUUUGUAAUGUUGACAUCGGAACAGCGUUGCAGUGCAAUGUUGACGAUGAUUUUUUCAGGCGUAUGAAGACAGAGGAAAAGGCAUUUGGGUUCUCAUAUGCACCUGUCGAUUCUGCUGUUGGUGUAAAGACUUUGUUUGGCACCUAUCUUGAAUUCAUCAACCAAUCGGAAGAAUCGGGCGCAGUUUCUUCAAACAACCUACAGAAAUUCAUAAUAAAUGAAGGAGUUACUCCUUUAUACACUCAAUGCAACAUGGACAGCAAUAUGGGGAUUGUUGACAUGGACAUCUUACGGAGCGAGCACUACAAGCGAUUUUUCAAUCACAUGGAUGCAGCUAUGGGUUUAUUUUACGAACGCUGGACCGAUUAUAACUUGAAGACGCUCUAUUUCAGUACAUAUGUUGAUAAAGAUAAGAUCUUGUACAUUGCCGACUCAGGAUACAAUGAUCUUCUCAAUAGAAUAUCAUGUCCAAUCAAUAUGGAGGAAAAAAUCGCACAUAAAUGUGUGUGCGAUCCACGGAACGACUUGGCAUUCAGUCGCUCUAGCUGUUUGAGGCUCUUCUUCAAUAUAACAGGAAUGGAGUUACCAAAGGAUGUUGAGGUGACAGAUAUCUAUGGAGUCAAAUAUAAGAGAGCCAGAGUGAAGGGGAAAACAUAUGAAAAUAUGUUCAAGAGGUUGGAACAGAAGUAUAGAGAACUAUUUUUGUAG